CCGGGCAGCCCGUCAGACGGAUUAGCGGACCUAUGUUUUGGGGCGCAUUUCUUAGGAUUUCCUUCGGCUGCGCAUGCGUGGACAGUUUGCAGUCGCAACUACGGAUGUGAGGACAGACAGUUGACGUCGGUGAAGAUGUGGUGAUUUUGAUUUCACACCGUUUUGUGCUUUGUGACUGACGACUUACGGUUAGUGGACGUGUGUGCUCGUGAACUGUGCUUUGGAACUGCUGUGAAUCAAUCAUGUUUGUCUUUAAGAUCACUGUUUGUUUUCUCCUGGCCCUAACUGUGGGAGCCGAAAAGAAAAUCGAAUUACAAGACAUUGAAGAAGACAACUUGAAAAGCGAAAAGGAAAAGGAAGAUGAACCUGAACCGCGAUCACAAGGAGAACAGAGUUCGGGACUAAUUCCUCUCGAAUUUCUAAAAAAUGGCUUCUUGCGGUACUUUGAACCGGCUUCGACAGCACAGCCACGCUAUGUUCAGCAAUAUGCGGUGACGGAACAACCGGAGCGACCACCGCCGCCACCACCACCGCCAGUUGCAUCGCCUAAAUCGCAGUAUGGCGCUCCUGUUGCCCAGCAGGCAAUGGUUGGCUACCUUUCCAAUGUGCCGAUGCAAAUAUAUCUAGUCCCUCAAUAUUACAAUGAACAGCAGGAUCACACAGCGAAUGCACAGAGCUCGGUACGUUACACAUCUGCUAGUGCUCCUCAAGCAUCUUACCCGACAGCGCCGGAAGCAGGGCAGACGCAGACAAAUUACAUAGAAGUCCCAGCGUAUAUUGCACCUACUGCUAAGACGUAUGUACCGCAGUAUUCUUCGCCGGUCGCCCUCGUGGGUUAUGCUCCACAGCCGACUGCCGCGCCGCAACCCACCAUAGCUCCAGUCUUAGCCUAUCCUGUACCAGUAGUGCAGUAUCAGACAGCUGCUGUAGUAGCGCCUACAAAUCCAACGAAGGAGUACUACCAAAACGCACAUUACUCAGACACCAAUGUUGUAGACGAAGUACACGAACAGGUUAAUGAGAGUCCAUCGCAUACAGACGCAACUUACCACAAAGCCCCUGUCCAGGAGUACACACGGUUCUAUCCAUCACGUACUCCAUUACGAAACGAGUACAGGCAUAAUGCAAUUUCUGAAUUGCCUCAUCCUAAUCCAUUGAUAUUGAAGGGUCCUCCAUCUCAUUUGUCACAUGUCCCUAAAGCGCUUCCAAUGUAUAGGCCGGUGCAUAAACCUGUUUACGCGUCAAGCGCAAUAGCUCCAGCAUUUACACCGAGACCAGCUGAUCCUUAUGGCCCUGUUUUUAAACGACGACCUACAUCCUUGUUAGAUUCUUACAUUCCAUCUCAUAUUCAAGUGGAAUACAUGAAAAGAGGUUUCGCUAAAGAUCCUCUAGAAGCCUACGAAGCUCUAUCGAGCGGACGGCAUUUGGUCCACUCGUCAGUUGUUCCUAGACAUUACGAACGAGGCUUCCUUCCCAACCAGAUGUAUGAGACUGCCAGCGGCGGCAUCACAUACGGUCAUUAUAAAAGAGCACCGAAAAUAGAUAAUGUACAUCGAAAGUAAAAUUUGUUGCUCUCCCUACAAACAGUUAAUUUAAGUCAUUAUGAAUAAAAAUAUUAAGACUGUGCUAUUUAUAUAUAUCAAAAAAUUGCGAUGCACAAAUAUAUUAAUUUUAUUGUACGUACAAAUUGGAGUACAAUUUUAGUAAUAAGAGAUCGACAAACGAGGCUAACGUUGUGUGGAAAUAUGUUAUGUAUGGUCAGUAUUUA